UCAUAUAGGCUUUUCUAAACUCUUCAAUGUUCAAUCACAAAAAGAUUGACUAAGCCUUCAUUUUUGUCUUCUUCAUCAGUACACAACAAUUCAGGCUAAAAAUACAACCAUAUUACUACUAAAUUUGCUCCUAGAUCGAUGGGGAGAGGAAAGAUAACCAUAAGGAGGAUCGAUAAUUCAACGAGCAGACAAGUGACAUUCUCAAAGAGGAGAAAUGGAUUGUUAAAGAAGGCCAAGGAGCUCGCCAUACUCUGCGAUGCGGAGGUUGGUGUCAUCAUCUUCUCCAGCACUAGCAAGCUCCAUGAUUAUGCAAACACCAGCAUGAAAUCAGUGAUUGAAAGAUACAACAAAGCAAAGGAGGACACUCAUAAAUUGGAAGAUCCAAAUUCUGAGGUCAAGUUUUGGCAAAGGGAAGCUGCACUACUGAGGCAACAACUAGAGAACUUGCAACAGAAUCAUCGAAAAAUGAGAGGCGAAGAGCUAUCUGGACUGAAUGUCAAAGAUUUACAGAACUUGGAAAAGCAACUUGAAAGAAGUCUGCAUGGUGUCCGUGUGAAAAAGGACCAAAUUCUGAUUGACGAGAUACAAGAACUAAACCGAAAGGGAAAUUUCAGUCAUCAAGAAAACAUGGAACUUCGUAAGAAACUAGACCUUGUUAGUCAAGAAAAUACAGAAUUGUACAAGAAGGUUUAUGGAACUAGAGAUAGAAAGGCAGUGAACAGAAAUGCCAUGAGUUCAAACAGUAUACGCGUCAUUGAGGACCCUCAUGCACCUCUUCAUCUCCAGCUAAGACAGCCUCAGCUACAGCAUUAUGAAACACCAGGCACUACAAAAUUGAGGCUGUCACUGCAUUAGUGGAGGAGAUGCACACUGCACCAUUGAGCUCUCUUUUAGAUCAAGUGUUGCACCUCAUGAAUAUAUGUUUAAAUUAUUGAAGUCUAGUAUAGAAUCUGUUGAUUUCUGGGAAAAAUGGUCAAUUUAUCUGGUCAUUGCUAGAAUGUUAUCUUGUAUUGAGUAUCUACAGACAACCACCCACUUAUUAUAACUAUGAAUAAAGGAAAUAUUAGCACAUCUAUCGUCUUGUUGCCCUUACUAGUAGUCGUAGGAGUACUGUUGUAGUUUUUGUUCUUUGAUUUAUUUUAAUAUCUAUUGUUUUGUGUA